AGCUGGGUCAUGACAGCAGUGAGGUCGGUCGGGCUGGUUCCCAGAGGCGCCGUUGUGCGCACUGAAGGGCUGCCCCACCUCGUCUCACCUGGACAGCGCGUUCCCGACUGCAUUUAUUGCACCUGCCCUCCCCUCUUCCCACCAGACUAAUUGCAUUUGCCCACAGCGGUGUUUCAACGGGCUCUUGCAUCUUUUGUAGAGCUCAAAGGUGGUGUCCUGGGUAGAGAUGGCACAGAGUUAAUUCUCACUAGAAGCUGAGGGAGGGCACAGCCGGGGCAGCUGAUCUGAACUAGCCAAGGAGAUAUUCCAUGCCACAUUAUGUCGUGUAUAUAACUGGGGGACCUGAUCAGGGAGAGGAGGGAUAACAGCACAGAGACAGGUUGGGUUCCAGGUGGUUCUGUUUAUAACAAAACAAACUUUGAAGCCAGUACCAUGCAACCAUCCUGGGGAAUGAUUUGCAUUUUCCUGCUUGUAAGGCUGCAAUGGAGCAAAAGCUAUGCUGAGGGCAGAAAGAUAAAUGAAACAAAUAAUGGAGAUAUCUCAGUUACAGAUAGCAAUCAGUCUACAGUGCGACUAACUUCAGAGAGAGUUCUGCCUAUGCCUACUGCCACAAAUUCUUCUACUGUCAGUCACACUUCACCAACAACUGCAAAUGCCAAACAAAAUGUAACAAGCAGUUGGCCACGCAGCAUGUCUCUGAGGUCCACCAAUGGCACCACUUCAACUUCAAAUGCCACCACAGUAUCAAAGGAUGGAAUAAAUAACUCUGCUACAAACUUCAACAGAAUUCCAACAUCUUUAGCAACAUUUACAACAACAGGUGACUUUUCCGGAGUGACCAAAAGUGCUACAGAUAUUUCUGCUUCCACAGCAACACCAAGUAAUUCCACAGUCACCUCCAGUAAUCCUUUGGCUACAGAAUACCCCAGUAGUAACUCUUCAAUAGACUCCACUGUGUUCCCCACUGGUAUCACUCUGACAUCCCCCACUGUGAAGCAGGACAGUUCUACACUUUCCAUUCAGGAGACAACAGAGCUGAGUCAUAAUUUCAGCAGUCAUCCUACUACAUCAUCUAAUUCAGAAGAUGACAAUGAAGAUGAAACCAAUAAAGGAGUAGUAGUUGGUGUCAUUGUAGGAGCCAUUUUGGGAUCUUUAUUAGUUGGUCUGAUUGGAUAUUUUAUAUGUGGUAAGAAAAGGUCUGAGUCAUUUUCCCACAGACGGCUUUAUGACGACACCAGGAAUGACCCAGUACUUCACUUAGACAACUCGCUUGGACCAUUCGACACGACUCUUGGAUGUGUAUCAGAUGACAAAAGCAGCCCAGCAGACAACACAGAGUGUGCAUCUGAUGGCAUUCCUAUGGCUGACAUGACACCAUCCCACCCUUCACCGUAAUGUUUGCUUCAGGUGCCAUCUGUUAUCUACAUGCUUUCAUUUCUUCCAAAGUGACCUGGAAGCUCUUAUCUCACAGAUAGUACUGUGCAAAUAAAGUUUUGUAAAGGAAGGGGAAAAAAACCACAAGAUACACUGAUAUGAAAGAGGCAGGGCCCAGAAGGAUCACUCUUGUACUUUAUAAUUAAGUAAUCAACCUAUGGUUUUCCUGAAAGGAUAUUAUACUUGAUUUCUUAGAAAUAACAGAGCCAAAUAGUAAGCAGGUAAAAAUCCAUCUGUGUAACUUUGGUCAAGAAUGCAGGCAUUGUAACUGAGCAAAAAUUGACUAUUGUUUUGCACAACUAAAAUUGUGCAAUGAUAGUUUAGCAUCAGUACAAAAACUUCACAAAUUUAAGUACCAGGAGGAGAAACUAUCCUGUCCAAAUAUAAUUCCUGCCUGAUAAAUGAAUCAGGGCAUUAUUUUCUCUACUUUAGAUUUGUAUCUUCCUCAGUGAAUAUGACAAAAAGAAUUAGAUUUACUUGGAUUAAUCUGAAGUUGAAGCUUGGUAGGAGAAUGGAGCUACUGAGCAACACAGACUACAUGUAACCCUUGACUACGGUGACACAGUUAAAAUUACUAUUGAAGGGAAAAGAAGACAAGUUUCUGUUCCUCUGUCAAACUGAUUUGUUUGCAUUGCAGACUAGAUCUGUAGGAAUGAUGUAAAAGGUUUUGCUACAGGUUAGAUAGAAGAAAUAUUCAACAUUAAAGGACAGGAAUUAUCUCUGCUAUGUAUAUAGAUAUCCUAAAAAUCACGGUCUGGUUUUGUCCAGAGAAAAAUUAGGGCAGUAUAGUGCAAAUAAUAGUGCUUUAUUUAGUGUGGAGACCAUGGAUCAUGUCAAUGGAGUUGCCUGACUAGCUGACUGUUGAGGUUGCAUUGAGGGUUUAUUUGAUAUGUAAAUUGCAUGCACAUAUCCACUACAGAGAAACAAUGGGAGUCACAUUGCAGACAAGUAAAACACAGAUAUUUAUUUCAAAGUAUUUAAAAGGUUAAAGAACUGAGUGCAUAUGUGCAGUGUUGUCAAUCCUACAGGGAAAAAGCCUAUUUCCCUCAAAAUCAGAGCCCGAUUUCUAGCAUUGUAUCCAGUAGGUUGGAUACUGAAAAUCUGAGACACAUUCACCUAUAUUAGGUGAGAGUACCACUCUGCUGCUUGAAAUUAGGAAAAAUGUACAGUUUGGUUUUCAACUUCCUCAGCACAUAUUAUGCCAUCGUUCUUGACAAUGGUAAAGCAGUAUCACAUAAACAAAAUUCCUCUUUCACUUGAACCUUGGCCUCAUCUGAAAAUGGACAGAGCUUUCUCUAAGGAGAACUUGAAGAGAGAGACGAAGAGAUGUUAAGAAGCUACCAGCAUUGUCUACAUUAGUAACUAUAUAACCAAGUGCAAUCUAUUUUAGGAAUUUAUUAACUAGUUAUUAGUAAUUGCAAGGUUGUAACAGUAAGAUUAGGAGUCAAUGAAGAAAUAUCACUGAGGCAAGUAAUCAAAGUGUGCCCUCCAGAUAUACUUUGAUAAUUUUUAACAAACCAAGUAUGAUUUUUGCAUGUAUGUCCAUGUGUUUGUGUUGUCUAUGAACCCCUUUGCUGUUUCGCUCUUGUUUGUAUAUUGUCUUUUGCUUCUAGGUCAGUGUUCAAAAUCUAUGACAUUCGCGUGUCCUUCACCUUAUGUUGGAAUCAUUAAGGUUUACUCAUACAUAGUAUGCAAAUAAAGUUGUUGUGUGCCAUUUGGCUCUAUUUAAAAUUGUAAAACUCUGGUUUGAAUUCCAUCAGUUGUACUUAUGUGAACAAGUGUUAUUUUCUCAGGGCUUACAUAGACAAACAUUUACACUGGUAAAACCAAUUAUCUCUUGUUCUAAUAUCAGUCGUCCCUACUUUUUAGCAGUAAAAUACUAUUGUCCUCAGUGAAAGCUAAUUCCAUCACACAUUUCAUGCUGGAACCAUUAGUCUUGUCUUGUAUGACACUAUUACAUCAAUCUUCUAAGAUAGGCAAGACUGUCUUGGUAGCUCCUGUUUAACAGUGGCCUCUGUGGAUAUCACCCUGCUUGGCUUUUGAGGUGUGUGAUGCCAGAUUGAACAUAAUGAGAUAUUCAGAGGAUCUGAAUAUAAAUAUUUAAAUCACUGAAAGCACUAAACAAAUCUUUCUUAUACUUCUUUCUAAUUUGCUCCCACAAAAACAUUCUCAUUUAUUUUCUAAGAAUUCUCUACAAGAUGUGAUUUUUUUUAUUGAGUCCAGAUUAGUAAAUUAAUCCACAUUUGCCUCUAAAAAGUCCUCUACCAGCAUGAUAUAAAAUUGAGGCUUAAAGACAUUUAAGAUGAAAAAGACAGUCAUUACACUAAUGAUAAAAGUUAUUAUUUUCACCCACCACUAGCAUAGAAAUUGAAGUUGAUGAAAACAGGAAAAAAAAAUUGCAUGGCAAAAUCAUAAUCCCUCUUUAAAUUUUAUCAAGAGCCAUAAUCUCCCUUUACCCAGUAAUCAUAUAAGGGAGUCAUGUGAACCAAAAGUACAAAACAAAUAACCAUGUACUUACCCCAAAUUGCCAUGAAAAUAGCAAAGAACACGGUCCCUCCAUUAUCAAACAAAUGUGUAACCUGAACAGAAAAUAAACACAUCAGGAACAAAUAACAUUGCCACGUUAUCUUUUGCUCCAAAGAAUCCCACAGUAUGUAACUGGUGGCAGAAACAAAAAGCUAAGCAUUUUAAUAAGUCUCACUUCUAUGCUUCUUCAACCAAGGUUUGUCUCAGUCUUUCAGUAUAACUUGAAGUCUGAUUUUCCAGACUGUCACUUCAUGGCUUCUCUGGUCUAUUUGUUUAACAGACACCAAGAACUGCUCUGUCCAUGUCCAGACAGGCUAAACAUUCCUCCAGAGUUCUUCUCAUACCCUGCAUCAAACUUAGCCUCAACAUUUUCUACUGCAAGGUUUUUUAAGCUUAAUCAACUUCUGUCUUUUCACUCUUCUUCCUCUCUAUAUUACUUAUUUAAUAUCUCUUUUGAUUUCAUUUUCUUCUUCUCCCAAGCUAUCCAGAAUAGUGUCUAUUCCUUUUUAUCCAGACAGCUCAGUCUCUCAAAUUGUUGCCAUAUUCUCCUUCUUAGGCUGGGUGCCCCUAAACUUCAUUAACAUUAAAUAAAUUCUAAAUACCACCACUUUCCCAAGGCUUACUGCUAGAAAAUAAGUAAUAAUUAGGUUUUGCAUGGCUAUGCAUCCCUCUAAGCAUCAGAGUGAAUUUGAUGUCUUAUUUCCUAUGAAAACAUCACAAACUAUAUUACAAAAAUCCAGAAUUUCUAAUAUUCAAGCUAUAAUAUGAAACAGUAUUUAGGAAGCUGAAAUGACAAUUUACAGCAAUGUAAUUGUAGCCAGGUAAUGGGUCUAAUAUCUUCUAAUGAAAGGUGAUGUUGCUGAGCAUUAAUAAGCAAAGCAGAGGCUUCAAAUUCCUAUUUGAAAAAAUAAGAAAAAGCAUAAAGCAUUCUAAAAUAAUAGAGCAACUCAUCAUCAACAGGCAUAUGUUAGCAAGAGGAUCUGAAGAUGGAGGAAGAUGAAAUGGAAAAGUGCUGCAAAUGGCUUUGAUAUGUAUCAUCUUAAAUCAUACGGGAAAUUCAUGGUGAUGUCCCACUUUAGAAUAAGAAGAGAACGUCUUGAAAUAGAAUAUUCUUGAAAAGAUUUUAAUUGGUGAUGAUUCUGUUGCUGACUUAAGGGUCAAUGUUUAAGCUUUUAUUGUGAGAAGAAACCUGUCCUUAUGCCAAUGGAAGGGUGCAGGUAGACAGAUUCAGUUUUGCUGUAUUGUGACCUUCUCCUACAUCUGGAGUUACCCUGGUAAGAGGGAAAGUUCUGCAGAAGGGGUAUGCUGGAUGCUGGGGCUGACAGCCUGUCAAAGGCAGCUUUACUAACUAACUCCCAUGACAGCUGCCAUCUCCAAGAAGUCAUCCUGCUGACAAAGUUUUGUUCUAGAGAAGGCUGACAUUAUCGCUUCUGCCCCACAAAUGAAGAAGAUGAACUCAGGGAAGCAGAAGAAGUUAAUAGAAACUUGUUGCUUGCCUCUAACUUUAUUUCCUAUUUUGAAAAAAUCAUUAUAAUAUUAUGAUAGAUUAUUAAAAAUAUAUUUUAUGUGUA